AUGGCAUUGCAAGGAGGAGCGAAGACCAGUACAAAUAAGGACCCAUUUAAUUGGCCCAUGCCAAAUAGAAAAGAUUUGAUGUCUCUUAGCUCAAUUUCAAAAGAUAAGGAUCUUUUCAGGGCUAAAACAGCUCACGUUUCUCAAAGAUAGAGAUCAGUUUCACAUAAUCUUGCAACUAAUGACAUUCAAGGUGCUUAGCCUAAAUAAUGGGUGAAAGAGACUAUUAGUAGACCAGAGUUUUUAGGUUAAAAUUGGGAUAUUGACAGAUCAUGUCCAAGAGCUCUUCAUAUGGGUCUCAAUAAACCUGAGUACAACCUAUCUAACUCUGAUAUAGAAAAGUCUAAACCUAAUUAUAUCAAAUUUCAAACAACAAGACCACCAUCAAAUCCACUUAAUCCAUAAUACAAAUUACCAGAAGUCGAAUACAGACCUCCUACUCCUCCUAAGUUUAUUAGAGAUUAAAUUACUAAUGAAGAUAUUGAUGGUGCUCAUCCUAAAAAGGCUAAGUAUUAUGAAACAAGAAACAUAAUGGAUGUGAAGGAUAUCGAUGGAGCAAAAGCAAAAUAAGUAUAUGUGAGAUCAACAUAAUAUGAUUCAUUUAGUUACGCUGAUAUUACUAAAGAUAAAUUCACAUCCUCAAGGUCUGUCAACCCACUCUUACCAUAAUAUCAAAUAAGAGAUGAAAGUGGCUAGCUAAUAACAAUAGGAGAAAUAGCAGGUAGUAGUCCUAAAAAGCAGCCAGAGCGAUUGAAUGGCGGAUAUUUUAGUGGACUAGAAGUAAAAGACAUUCCGGGCACAGCAGUAGGUUCAAAGAGAUUAGGAAAUUUUCACUCAAAAGAGAGAAAGCAUUUUAGAGAUACCAACAAUAUUGGUGAGAUUGAAGGAGCACAGGCAAGUACAAUUAAAAGAGGAGUAAGCUCAUAGAGAUAGACAAAUCCACUUAAUCCAACUUACAAAAUGCCUGGUCAUUCUGAAAUGGGAAUUUAAAAUCCAUAUGGCAAUAAAGCUGAAGAAUCAUCAAUGGCCUCAAAGUAUAUGGGGAUUAGAAAAUAGAUUGAAGCCAAAUAGGAAUCCUAGAAGACUAAAACUUUAAAGUAGGUUGUAGUUAGCGAGACAGAUUUUAAAAAAGAUAUGGCUAAAUUCUACGGGGUAAAUCCAGGAGCAACUAAGGAUGUUAAUUUAAAUCACUUUGUUGGCCAGAAAGGCAAAGAAAAUGAGUCAUAAAAUGAUAUAAAGUCUCAGGGUUCUUAAAUAAUCAAUCGUCCUCAAACUGUUCCAGUAGAAGGAUAAUACCGAGGAUAGCAGUCAAAUUAAGCUAGUGAAAAAUAAUCACAAAGAAGUGUAGCUGGUGGUGAUGACCAAAAAGAAGUGUCAGGAUUCUAGAUCAAGGAAAGAGCUUAGACAGGCUAUCAAUAAAUAAGAGGUCAAUUCGCAGCACAAUAGUAAAAUCAAACCUCAACCCUGUUCUAGAGAAAUGCUGCGCUGUUUUACGGAGAUCAAUUCGAUUGUGGAAAAUCAAUGAGUAGCUAAGGUAGUAUUUUUCAGAAAAAUGCUGCAAAUUUCUAUGGAGUUGAGUAACCAGCUCAAGGUGAAAGACCAUUCAAAAUUCCAAAACCAUCUGUUGAACAAGUCAAGUAAAGUAAAGGAUUCUCAGUCUUAAAUGAAUAGAGAACAAAAGUCGAUGAACUCAAUAUGCAGAGAGAUCCAAAGUUCAUCAAUAAUAAAGAUAAAUUUUUUGGAGCUCAAAAGCAGCUACCUCUUAAAUCAGGCCCGAGAUCUACUACCUCGAAGGCAAGCAGAAUAAGCGAUGCAUAGAGGCUGGACACUUUCAUUCAAAAUCCACCCAUCUGA